UGCCGUUGGCGGCGCGCGUGCUUUGUGGGGGGUUGGCGCCGGAUUUUGAAGGCGGCCGGUGGCCAUGGUGAAGCGCGCGCUGCCGCGCGGGAGUCUGCGCACCGUCCUCAGGAGGCACAAACCGCAGCUCAGGCUCAGCCGGGACGUCCACAUGAUGGUCCAUUUAAACUGUCUCUUGUUCCUGCAUCGUCUGGCGCAAGAGGCUAGGAUUAAAGCUGUUGAAGCGAAGUGCUCUGCCAUUCAGCCAAACCAUAUCGUAGAAGUGGCAAAGACUGUUCUGAAGAAGAGUAGAGGCUGAAGGGAAACUUAUGCACAUUAGAUUUUUUGUAUUUGAUGAAUAUGAUAAACUAAUGUAAACUGAAAUACUGAAUUGCAUGUAGCCAAGAAAAUAAACUAGGUUUUUGAAGAGAUGAAAGAUCCUUGCUAAAGUUGUUUUACUCGUGAUUGUUUUAGAAUGCUAUUUCAUUGGUGUAUUACAGUACUUUGCUCUGACGUGGGGGGGUGAUGAAGUGCUUUUCUAUAGAAUAUUGCAGAUUUUACAAAAAUAGAAUGCAUAUAAUUCUGCUAAAUGAGUCAUAUGAUUACAUAUUUCAAUCAAAGGAGUUGAUUUGCUGAAGGAUUCAAGUUGUUUUUGAUCUGCUAAAUUGCAUGAAGGA